AUGUCAUCGAUGUUCAGCAACUCCAGGCCUUACGAGCAUUCUCCAUCUGGCUUUGAUGAGACCGACGACUUUACUCUGGAACUCGACCCAAUGGACAACGACUAUCCCAGCAAUCUAGACUGGUAUCCUGGCCAUCCAGCCUUGGAACUGUCGAGGACUCGUCAGAUGCCACCUCUGGAUUGGUCUCCCACUGCUUAUGAUCCUGAAGCUCACGGCUUUAACCAGCGACCUCAGAAAAUCUCGCCCCCGUUGCCGUUCCUGCACAACAUGAAUGUUAACAGCUACUCGUUCUAUCCAGGGCAAUUGGUCAACAGACAACAUUCCCCAAUGUCGGGGUUCUCCCUCUCCAGCACUGAUUCUGGGUCACCAACAUACACCAUGAGUCCGGAUAUCACACCUGCUGUCAUUCCUACCAUGGGUAGUGACAACAGCUUUUAUCCCUUACCUACUUCCGAACCUCAUUCUCAUGAAUUUUGGAACCCAAGUCUGCCUACAGCAACGCUCCAAAACAGUCUGUUCUCACCCGCGCCAAAACUUGCAACUCAGACGUUUCAUCCCAGGGCUUUUGAGUUCACCCGCAAUCCGUACCAGGAAGAUGACAUGACGGAGGCAAACGAUACCGUUGAUACUAAGAUGCCUCUACCUCAGGAGCUUGAUUUUGACCAAGCCGAACACACCGACUCUGGCGUUGGCCAGUCCGUUGAUGAUGAUGAUGAUGAUGAUGAUGAUGACUGCCUGUCAGUCGACGCGCCCGCCGAAGACGAUGCUGGCUAUCUCCAUGACGUGGUAAAGCACGACGCCGGCACAGACUUCCAACCCGAGCCCAUCCGUACGCACACUAGCAGCAAUCACCCUCGCCGCACAUACCAGGGACCUGUCCCCUACUCCAAGACGCAGCUUCAGUCGCUCGGCGUCCGUGGUGACAACGCCCGCAUACACAAACACUCCACAUCAUCUGCAACGGUCAACCCGUCCCACACGCGCACCACGUCGUCCUCCACCGCCCCUUCUAAGGUGAAAACAUCGUCCAAGUCCAAGAAGAACAAACGCGGCAACAAAUCUUCCACCUCUUCCGCCAUCGUUGCCGCCCUCACUCCCGGCAUCGCCAAAAGUCGCCAGAGUCCUCUUCCUUGCCCAUUCCACCACUUUGGCUGCCUGUCAGUGUUUCCCAGUAAGAACGAGUGGAAGCGACACACACUCUCGCAGCAUUUGCGGCUCGGGUACUAUCGCUGUAAUGAAGGCGCCUGCGCAUUGGACCAUCCAAGCAACAUUACUAAGAUAAGAGGCUAUAAUGACUUCAACCGGAAAGACCUGUUCACACAGCACUGCAGACGUAUGCACAAGCCAGCUGAAUGGGGGCGUAAGGAGUAUAAUGAGAUGAGUGUUCGCGACCGGAACAAGCUUGACGAGUGGAUAGAUGGUAUUAGAGACGAUUGUUGGGUGUGGAGGCGGGGUGCACCUGGUGGCGGGCCCGGAGAGAUUAUCGGAUGUGGCUUCUGUGAGGAUGAAUUCAGUGCUGACGAAUACGGCGCCGACGAGAAAGGUCUCAGAGUGUGGGAGGCUAGGAUGGAGCAUGUUGCGCGGCACUAUGAGAAGGAAGGUCGCACCCAGGACGAAGAAGGGUUGGACGAGGGCUUUCUGCAGUGGGCACUCGACCAUGAGCUCGUCGCCAGCGGGCUGGAUGACAGGUACUGGCUGACAGAACUGCGGGGCGGUGACAACAACAAUAUGGACAGCCAGAGCGAGCUUGGUGAGCCGGUCAGGCGGAAGAGCAAACCUGCGAGGUUUCCUGCCACUAGCUCGGCGAUCGUGGAGGGCAGUCGAUGGAGCCACAGAUUGAGGGGCGUAGCGACGCGCAAGUCGUAUGACUAUACCGGCGAUGAUGAAAGUGAGGACAUUGAGGAUACAAUCGAGGUCCAUCCAAAGCAGCUCAACGCCGAGAUGACCAUGAAAGGUGACGACGACGACGACGAAGAGGAGCACACAGACACCGAUGCUUACGGCGAGGAGGAUGUGUCCUAG